CCACAAGGAACAUGCCGCUUCUGCUCCUCCUUGCCCACAGAAAAGAUGGGGGAGGAGCGGGGGAGGAGCAUCCUGCUAACUUCCAUUGAGGUUGGAUUGGCGGGUGGGGUGGGGGGAGAGUGACUGUCGCCAGAGGUCAAUGCUUCCUCGCGGCGAACCCCUUAAUCAGCUUCUGGGGGAGGGGGUGUGUGAGGGCAGAUGCUCCCUGUCGCCGCCCGUCGAAGGAUCUGCCCUUCACUAAAAUGUCGGCGCCGAUAAGAAGUUUUAUUCCCCUCCCCCUUCGAUGUACAUAAGUGUGGAAGACAGCAAAGAUCUCACUUCAUAAAUUAUUCUCUUUCUUCUUGUGCAUCUGUUAGAAGACUGUAGUUGGUGUAAAGGUGAAUAUCCUGAAUAGGAAACUUCAAGCCUCAACUUUUGAAAGAAAAACAGCUGUUAGAAUCUCCCUGGUAUAGGAUGAAAAAAAUUUGGUUGAAUAGCAUGAGACCUUCCGGACACUUUAAGGGCAAGGAUUUGCUUCGUGCUUAAACCUUGUAAGCACAAAAUAAAGUGUGUGUGAUUUUGUGUGUGCCCCACAAACCUAGAACCCUUAAUUCCAUUCAAGAAAAUGAGGAAUUGAAACCAGUUAACUUUUCUCCAACAUCACAACUCUCUGUGGUACUGCUCUGUAGAAAAUUUUGACUUUCUACAGUGUCCUAUUAUACCAAGAUUUUCCUGCAUCAAUUCAUUUAUUGUAGCCAGGAACAAAUAAACACUGAAGAUUUCCUACAUUUAUGUUUAAUAUUAUAUGCUACUUUAGGAAAUCUGAUGGCAUUAACAAGUAUUGAGAUUUUUUUUAAAAACGUUGACUUGUUUCCAUUGUUUGGGAGUAAAAGCAUUAACUUCUGCCUUACCUUAAUUAAAUGAUUGCAACAAGAGAAGGGACUCUCAAAUUAAUUCCAUGUAUAGAACUUCCUACCAUAUUUUCUUAAGCUUUUCAAUGAGCUAUCCAAAAAAUUUUUAUUACUUUUUAACAGUCAUUUAUUGGUCCAGAUGAUGGGUUUACAGGUAGUCCUCAACUUAAGACCAAUUGUUUUAACAAUUGUUUGAAGUUAGACAACUUUAGAAAGGAUGCUAUCAGCCCGCAAAACACCACUAAGCCAUCAUAAAAUCCCCCGUCCCCCAGUCACAUGGCAACAUUUCCAGUGCUUGGAAGCUGGUUUACAUUGGCUGCUAUGUCCUAAAGUCAUGCGACUGUGAUUUGCGACAGUUUCUGGCAAAAAAAUCCCCACAUUUGGGAGUAUGGAUUUACUUAACAACCACUACAAAAUGGUAAAAAAUAAGGUUUGGUUCCAUUGAUGUGACCGGAAUGACUUACAACCAAAAUUCCAUUCCCAAUUGCGAUCAUAAGUCGAGGGUUACCUGUACAUUGGGAGAAGGGAGCUGUCCUUAUUGGGGAUUUGAACUCAACUGUUUGUGAAGUCCUUCAGCUCUGGCUCUCUUCUUACUGCUCUCUAGAACUACAUUGGAUAGAUGGAGAGCCAUGUUGAAGCAUGGCCAGAGGGCCAGCAUUCCCAGGAGGCUCCAGGAGUUCGGACGGCCCCUGGAACUGAGGACGAAUGUGCUGUUCUCUACUCAGAUGCUGAAGACGACCCCUCACUCUUGACGGUCAAUGGAGCAGGCCCCCGAGCCCCCUUCCAUUGCUCCGAAUGUGACAAGAGCUUCCGCUACCGUUCGGACCUGCGCCGCCAUUUUGCUCGACACACCGAACUGAAGCCUUUCCAGUGCCCUCACUGUGUCAAGAGCUUCAAGCAUUCUUUCAACUUGGUGAACCACAUCCGGAGUCACACUGGGGAGCGCCCCUACCGCUGUACCAUGUGCCCCAAGGGCUUCCGGGACUCCACAGGACUUCUUCACCACCAGGUGGUCCACACUGGAGAGAAGCCGUACUGCUGCCAUAUCUGUGAGCUUCGUUUCUCCUCCCGCAGCAGUUUGGGCCGCCACCUCAAGCGCCAGCACCGGGCAUCUCCUGCCACCGCAGCCCCUCAAGCGCCUACUCCGCGCUGCCUGGCCUGCGGCAAAGAGCAGAGUCCCUUGGGGCACCUUUGCGCUGCUGGCCGAGGCCGGGCUGCCCCUUUUGGUUGUGGGGCCUGCGGGCGGCACUUCCAGCUAGCCUCUGAACUUCGCCGUCAUUGGCUGGCUCAUACCGACAUCAAACCCUUUAAAUGUCCAGAUUGCGAGAGAGACUUCAAUGCUGCGUCCCUCUUGGAACGCCAUAAACUCACUCAUGCCAAGGACAGGCCCCCGCCAUGCCAGCUUUGCUCCGAGAAAGCUCAGAAGAGGGAUGGGCGGAUGCUGGAACUGAAGGGCAUGAAGGAACAGCCAAAAGGAGGUGAGCAGGAGGAGGAGGAGGAAAAGCAGCACAGCAGAGGCUGCCCAUCCUGCCACUCUCCUGAUACUCGUCCUCCGGACACGUUGUACCAGUGCGAGUGUGGAACCUUUUUUGCCAACAGUAGCACCCUUGCAGCUCAUCUGACCGCACAUGGAGGCGAGCCCUCUUUCACCUGUGGCAUCUGUGGCCAGCCCUUUGUGAACUUGCAGGCCCUGGAGGAGCACCAGCUGAGCCACGCUGUGUCCACAGCCCCAGUGCCAGGCCCGGGCAGCGAACUAGAACGUCACCUGUUGCCCCAGCUGGAUCUCCGGACAUUCCCCAAUCAGCCCGGCAAGAAACUCUACAAGUGCAGCGAAUGUGAGAAAUUCUUCCGCAGUCCUCGAGAUCUGGACCGUCACGUCUUGGUGCACACCGGUGAGAAACCCUACCAGUGCACUGAAUGCGGGAAGUUCUUCCGGCAUGAAUGUUACCUGAAAAGACACCGUCUGUUGCACAGUGGCGAACGUCCUUUCAAGUGCACUGUCUGCCACAAGGGGUUCAUCACCCUGAGCAACCUCUCCCGCCAUCUCAAGCUGCACCGAGGGAUUGACUAGGAGGGCUGUCCUGAACUCCUAAGAAUAACCCUCCUUCCCCAGCACUACCGCCAUCCCACAGUGGCAGCCACAGAUGUUCCCGUUUUGGAGGUAGACUUCUGCCUGAUGUUUUCGAACUCUGCCUGCCCUCACCCUCCUUCCUAGUUCAGUACUUUAGGGCAAGGACUUGAAAUGAAAGGAUAAAAAAUAUUAUUAUUAUUAUUAUUAUUAUUGUUAUUAUUAUUAUUAUUAUUUACCAAUGUUCCACUACUGUUAAUAGAAUACAUUGCACAUGCUUGGCAAAUUAUAAGGUGUGUCAGGGAGAGAAGAAUAUCUCCCUGUUUAUUGCCCUGAUCGGUUUCAGAAAGUUUUUGAUUUCAGAACAGGAAUAUUCAGAGCACGGGAAGAAGGUAUAACAGGAAAAACCCCUUGGUUUAAGUGUCUAAUGCCUGAAGGUACUUAUGUCUGGGUGAGCUUAACAGUGCUGAAAUGACUUUGGCCAAUAAUCCUGGAGAAAGAGCUUUGGGGCAGAGCCAUUCUCUCUCUCCAAAGAAUGAGGAAACUUAGUUGGAUAUUUAAAGAGGCAGAGUACUUCUUCACCCAUCAGUAUUUCCCAAUCACUUCAGUACUGGGAUCUUGUACUAAAAGGCAGCACAAUU